AUGUCGAGCAUCGAAAAAAACGUCGGGGCGGAAACAGAGAAAGUCGCCGCCAAAGUUUCGCUCAGCGACUCCGUUCGGUCUGUCGAGUCGGCCAAGUUGAUAUCCAUUGAAGAUGCCGAUGUCACCUUGGCGUUCAUGAGAGAACAUGACCCACAAGUGGCAGAAAUCACGCCCGAACAGGAGAAAAAACUUCGCCGCAAAGUCAUCUGGUACGUGUUGGGAAUCACCUUUCUCGUCAACAUGAUCAUGUACAUGGACAAGGCCACCUUGUCGUACUCGUCGAUUCUUGGCCUUUGGGAGGAGACGGGGCUCGACCAGAACAAGUACAACAACAUCAACACGCUUUUCUACGUGGGCUUUUUCGUGGGCCAGUUUCCCGGAACCUAUGCGGUCCAGCAUUUUCCACUUAGCAAAGUUCUCUUUGCCAUCACUGUCCUUUGGGCCGUCCACAUUUUCUUGAUCUGCGUGGCAUACAACUACCCCGGGGUGAUGAUGCUCCGCUUUUUCUUGGGCUUUCUUGAGGCGCUGGCCAUCCCCAUCUUGACCACCACAAACGGAAUGUUCAUGACCAAGGACGAGAGGGCGGCCACCCAGCCGAUUUUCUACGCCUCUUGCAUGGCGUCGCCCAUCCCCAUUGGUUUCAUUGCCUACGGCGUGAUUUACGCCAACGUCAGUUUCAAGGGCUACCGUCUUUUGCACAUCAUCAUUGGCGCUCUCACGUUGGUGUUGUCUGUGAUUGUGUGGUUUUUCUAUCCCGACAAUCCGUCCACGGCCAAGUUUCUCACCACGGAAGAGAAAGUGUGGGUCAUUCGCCGCGUGCAGCGGACCCAGCUCAACACCAUUGAGCAGAAGAAGUUCAAAAGACACCAUGCCAUCGAGGCCCUCAAAGACCCCAUUUCGUGGCUCAUCACCGGCUUUUUCUUGCUCCAGCAGUUGGCCAACAACUUGCCCUACCAGCAGACGCUUCUUUACGAGCAAAUGGGCGGCAUUUCGAAUCUCGACUCGACUUUGGUCACGGUUGCCGGUGCCGGCUGGGCCGUGGUGUGGUCUGUUUUUGCCAGCUUGGUCAUGUACCUUCUUCCCAACUCCACGUGUUUCUGCAUCAUCUGGUCUCUUUUGCCGGCCUGGGUCGGGUCCAUCGUGGCAGUUUCGCUAGAUAUCCACAACUCCAUUGGAAUGCUAGCGGCCAUCUGUAUGGCGUCACAGUCGUUUGGUGUGGCGUGGAUUUGUGCAUUUGGUUUGGCUUCGAGUACGGCCGGAUCUUCUUACUCGAAAAGACUCACACGUAACGCCAUGGUUCUUGGCGCCUAUUCCGUUUCUAACAUCAUUUCGCCGCAGCUUUGGCAGGCGAGAGAUGGGCCUCGGUAUGUGCCUGCGUGGAUCGUGCAAAUUGUGCUUUCUUUCUCGGUGGCUCCGGCUCUAAUAGGUGUGGUGUGGUUUAUUUUGAGCAGAAGAAACAAAGAAAGACUAGCAGCCAUGAAAGAUGGCGACAGGACGGGCUACGUCAAGGAUGAAUCCGGCGAAAUGAUAUCGGUGGAUAUGGCGUUGCUAGACAUGACCGAUUUGGAGGACAAGACCUUCAUAUAUCCACUCUAA